CAUUAAUAAAUUUAUUUUAAUUAUGGUGUUAUUUUACAAAUUUUCGGUGGGCUCAUCAUCAUGCUUAAAUUUCGGUUCGUGCCCGAAGAGACAACAAAAAUGAGACUUUUAGCCUCGGCUCCCGGGGGUCAUUCAAAUGCCGCUCAGGUGUUUGUUUAUAUUCCUCUGAGAACUUCUACUCCUUUUGCUUCCUCUCCAGCUCGCAAUGGCGCUUCCCGGCUCCACAGACAACGCCCCACCCCUCCAUGGAACCUCUCAGUGCAUGAUCUUCGUAGGAGAAGCCGACCAAUUUCAAGCAACAGCCGAUCUUUCAUCCCAAUGUCACGGACCUGUUCUCCUCGCACCGGUUUCCUACCAUCAAGAAAAAAUCAUGAAGGCUACAUUCCCCAAUCUUGCACUGCUGCCUCAUCCUUGUCCCCUUCAUCACCACCACAACUACCACUACUUUUACAAUCCCGAUCUCCAGUGGUAUCUGCCCACCUCACCCCUCACGACGCACCGCAGCGCUCAGAAGAGUGGUUUGCUCUUCGCAAAGACAAACUGACUACAAGCACCUUCAGCACCGCGCUUGGCUUCUGGAAGGGUAACCGGAGGUCAGAGCUGUGGCACCAGAAAGUGUUCAUCCCGGAUGAAAUAGUGUUUGAGGCAGCUGCCAAGGCCGCCAUGGACUGGGGUGUGUCCCGAGAGCCGGCAGCAAUUGAACAGUACAAGGCCAUCACUGGCAGGGAAGUUGGCUCACUAGGCUUUGCAAUUCAUGCAGAAGCUCGCUAUGGGUGGCUUGGAGCCUCGCCUGAUGGUCUCAUUGGUUUACAUCCCGAUGCCGGUAUUCUAGAGGUGAAAUGUCCAUAUAACAAAGGUAAACCCGAGCUCGCGCUCCCUUGGCAGGUAAUGCCAUACUAUUACAUGCCACAGGUGCAGGGGCAAAUGGAGAUCAUGGACAGAGAUUGGGUAGACUUGUACUGUUGGACACCGAAUGGAAGCGCACUCUUUCGGGUAUUGAGGGAUCGGAGUUAUUGGGAACUGAUGCAUGGGAUCCUUCGCGACUUCUGGUGGAACAAUGUGGUGCCGGCGAGAGAAGCUGUGCUAAUGGGGCGGGAAGACGAGGCUAAGGUCUACGAACCUAAACCAAAACAUGGGUUGACAGGGUUCAUCAUUGGCAGGAGCAGGAAACUGGCGGCCGAGGCCAGGUUGUUGUGCAGGGACAUUGGUGGUCAUCUGGAAUUCUUCCAGUGAUGUUGAAAUUUAUGUGCAGUGAAGUUUGUGUUGCAUCAACAUCAGAUUAAUGCAUGAAAUGGGGGAGGAAAUUCACAUUGUCAUUUGUAUAACUGUACAAGUCAUAGAAUGAUAAUUCAAUAUUCAAAUUU